UUCAUAUUCAUCACUUUGAAAUCGCUGAGCACCCAGGGCUGUCUCUUUCUUCCUCUGUGUGUUCCUAUCUCGGUCGGUGUGUACGUGUGUGCAAGUAUGUUGAGUAAUUUCGCUAUCAACGUCAUUUGAAUGUUGCCACAACGAUUUAAUAAACCUGUUUGUUGGUAGUCAAGUCAGGCAAGCAACGAUACGCGGUGAAACCGCAAAACAUUUCAUUUUCACGCCUUGCGCUUCGAUUGUGUGCGUGCGUGUGUAUUCGUAUGCAACCGUGUAUGAGUCACACACCGAGCGAGUUCACCAUUUGUUUGUAUGCAUGAUAUCUACAUUGAGUUUGGUCAUGACUUUGAUUUCCAAACGCCAUUUUCGACAUCUUGAACAGCGGCAAUACAUUUUGCUGGUGUUGCCUUUGUUGUCUUUUUUCAUAAAUGGAUGUAAUUUUUGUUUCGUGUCAAAUUUUUUAUAGUGCCUUUUUUAAAUUUUUUAUAGACUUUUGUACGCUAGCUCUUUAAUUGUAAAUAAUUCAAUUGAAUUUUCAUACAUUUAAUAUAAAUCAACCUUGGAAUUCAACCAUUUAGACAUUUUCUACCAAUCGUACAUACAUUCAAUUCGUAACUUUUUUUUAACAUACAUCAUCACAUCGGGUACAUCGAAAAUUUCUCCUGUCAACGUGACAUUAGUGUCUUGAAAUUUCAACAGAAUUGUCACAGUGAAAAUAUUUUGUGUAUUAGAAAAAGAGUACAUAUAUUUUGUGCAUAAUUAUAAACAAUGGAAGAGGAAAAUUCCACUGGAGGCGGUGGUAGUGGUCACACGGAAACACCCACAACUUCAAGAUCGUCCGGAACAAACAAGCGUAAAUGGAAAUCGAUUCCCACAUUCGGAUGCGAUUCCCAAGAUUCUUCGCCAACCACAACAUCGAUGGAUAAAUUAUUUUGUGGUAUUGCAAAUUUUGGUUUAACGGUGAAUCGUUCACCAUUGAAAGCAGCUAAAAGGCGUGCACAGGGAAAACAAGAAGAAUUUAAAAAAUGCCGGCGUUUGCUAAUGACGGCCGAUUUUACCAUAUUAACAUUGAAUGAAGUUCGUGAUAUGAUUAAACUUACGUUGGGCAAAAAUUUCAACUCAACUGAUCAACAAAAGGGCUCUAGUUCCGAAUCGCUCAAAAUGACUCCAAUAAAAUUGCAAAUUCCGAAAGAUGCAGAGACAUCGCCUAGUACCACAGCCAUAUAUGAUCUCCAUUUUAGUGCUGCGAAAUUUUCAGCGUUCGCUAGAAGCGAAGUUACGUUUUUCAAGUGCGAUAUUGACUCAAAUCAACCGCUCAAGCCACACCAAACGGAAAAACUGGAUCGAAUGUUAUACUGUAGCACAAAAGGCUUGAAAGAUGUAAAAGGAUAUCGCGAUGAUAUUAUGGAUCAAAUUAAAAAGAUCGAUCCACAAUAUGAACCAGAAGCAAUACCAGUGAAGACAUACAUCAAUGGUAUUGCCGUAACGAAAACUGAAGAAGAAUACCUUAAAAUUCUUCGAAAUGGUGAUAUAACGACGCUAAGCCCUGAAAGUCAACAAGACAUCACAUUGACAAAUGCUUCUACUAUCCAUGCGCUUACCGACCACACAAAUCCAAAUCCGACCAUGUAUCAGCCGUCGAAUGUUACGCCACAAGCUUCCAGCUCUUUAAGUCACACCAAUACCCACCCUUCAAACAGUGGUCGCAUUAACCCGUUCCGCAGUAUGGACCUGAACGAAAAAUUCAAUCUUGUUAAUAGUAUCAUUCCUAGCUCGGAUGACCCCGGAUAUUCAUCAAAGUCAUAGCCAGACGUCAUCUAUGUAUCCAACACGAGCGAGUUCUCAUUAAAAUAAGCAGUGUGUAUGGAAGUAGUAAUGAAAACAACAAUAGUUCUCAGGGUAGGUCAAGUGCAAAUCUGCAAAGGGCAUCAGUUUAUACAAUGACAAAAUCAACACCACAAAAAAAGACAAAUGAAAAAAGAAAAAUAGUUUGAUAAUUUCCUUUUUUUAGUUUUAGUUUUAUGUGUUCAAAUAUGCUCGUUCGACUGUAGUUAGGUUUGCGUCACUAUUUAUAGAAUUCGUUAUGGACAAAUGACUUAACCGGCAUUGUCAAAUGCAUUUGUCGACUUCCUGGUCAAAACAACACAGUUUCAAGUAGAAAGUAUUAAUUUAAAUGUAAACACAAUGACAAUAAAAUUUGCAGCAGAAAAAUUUUAGCGUGAAUAAAGUAAACAUGUGUUGAGAAAUA